CUUUUGAAGCGACGGCUUCUGUCAUUUGCAGGAAUCUGCGGACUCUAUGAGAGAAAACUGAAGGAGAUCGAUCCAACCAUCUUAAACAUCACCUAUGAUAUUGCUGAUCUAUAUAACUUUAUCGAUGGCUUCACAGACUUAAGUGCAUUGGUCUAUGAUCACUCUAUUCAUGCUUUUCUUCCCUACGAUCGACAGUGGAUUAAACAGAGGAUGUUCCAGCACCUUAAGAAACUUGCUUUGAAAUAAGAUUCAAUGAACAAAACUUAAAAUUAAAGAUCUGUAUUUCAUCUUCUGCCUUGAUGAGCUUC